UUUUUAUCUUUCAUUUCAGUUAGAAAGUUUACCCCGAUCCAGCGUAGUUUGAUUUUCCCUAGCAAAGCCCUGUCAUAUCACUUCAGGAUGUCGAAAACCAGUCAUUCUACAUAUAGCUUCAGUACCAGUGCAAAGACUAGUGGUGGUUUCACAAGCAACUCACCGUUCAUUAGUUCACCGUCACCAUCAUCGUCGUCAUCGCUGUCAUCGUCAAAGAAAAAAGAUCAAAAGCCAGUCAUCAAGAGUGUAGAUAUGACAGAGGACAUGCAAGAUCGAGCCCUCGACCUCGGCGUGGAUGCCAUGGAAAGAUUCCAAACCGAGAAAGAUCGCGCCGCCCACAUCAAAAAGACCUUCGACCUCGAGUUCGACACCACAUGGCACGUCAUCGUUGGCAAGCAUUUCGCAAGUUUCGUCACGCACGAAGCAAAGUGUUUCAUCUAUUUCUACAUCGGUCCAAUGGCUUUUUUGCUUUGGAAGUCGGGCUAAGCAGUUUAGUACUAUUACCCUCAUCUAUUCAAACAUUGAACUCUUAUGUACAUGUCGGCCCAAUAUAGGCCUAGUCACAGCCUCCAAAUAUUCGUCAUAUUAGUAUACCUUAUGCUUUUUGCUGAAAAUUUUUAUCAUGCGCAGUAUAUUGAUCUUAGCAAAGUAUCAAAUUCAGACUAUAUCUGCCCAAGUAACGGGUGUGAUGCAUGCAUAUUCGGUAUAAUAUUAGGUAUCGUCGAUCAAAUAAUAUGGCGCAACUUUGAACCUUAGAUGCAUGGUUCAUUAUUUUUUUUUUGCGUUCAAAAAGCUGCAUAUUUGCAACCCCUUCCUCGGCACACCUCUGAACGCUUUAGGCCCGGGCUUUAGGGAGCAAAAUGUAGCUAAUUGCACCGUUAAAGAUGAAAAUGGUUUCUCAGGGUGCAAAGUUACACCAAAUGGCAACGUUGUUUUUAAAGGGUGCAAAAUUGAAUCUUUUCCCGCACUGGACCAUUGCACCCGCACCAUUGUUUUCUAUGAUUUCUUCAUCUCAACUAUACGUAAAAUAUUACAAUCUUCUUCUCUUACAGGCUGUAGUUGUUUAUUCAUGUAUUUAUUUAUUUAUUUAUUUAUCUAUUUAUUUAUUUGUCUAUUUAUUGAUAUUUGUUUAUUCAUUUAUUUCCAUAUUUAUUCACUCAUUUAUUUUUUUAUUGUUUGCUUGGUUCAUAGUUUAAUUAGUUUUUAUUUACUUGUUUAUGUUUAUGUUUAUUUUUAUGGUUUAGUUUCUUUCAUUUAUCAUUAUGAUUAUGUUAUACUUUCAGUUAUCUCCUUAUUUUAGAUGAUCGACAAAAUGAGAAAAUUUAUCAAUUCAUACAUUUAUUGAUUAAUAACCAAUCAAUCUGGCUUCAUUUAUUGCUUUAAUUUACCCUUUUUUCUUUAAUUUUUCAUCAGUUUGAUUUUAUUAGUCUUUUUUAAAUCAACAAUAAAAACAUAUUCAUGUUUACUUCUUUUUAUUGAGUCCUUCAUUUUCAUGUCAGUUUUCAAUUUAUGUUUCAUGUGUAAUGUGAUCAGUGAUUGAGUCAAGCUAUUUAGUUGAUUGAUUAUUGAAGUGAUUAUCAACAAAUUGUACUUGUUCCUCAUGCUGACCAUUGUUUUGUUAAAUUAUAUGUUUACAAUCGAAUUUCUCCCCUUCCUUUUGUAAAAUCCCAAUUCCACAUCUUUUCCAUUUAUUAUAUUUUUUCUUGGUGUGUGUCCCGUAUGUAAUUAUCAAUUCCCUCGAUUCUUUAGAACACUCUCACCUUAUUUGAUUUUAUUGUUUUUUAUUAGAAGAAUCAUAUCCAAAUAGCGUCCAUUAUUGAUUAAUUGAUAUUUUUUUGUAUUUCAAUCCCCCCCCCCAAGAAAAAAAAAGUACAUGGUUGUUAUUAUGUAGCUUUCUGUUUGUAUUAUUUCAUUUAUAAUCAUGAUUUGAUGAAUGAAUAAUCAAUGAUGUUUUAUGUACAUGUAUAUGCCGCCCUUUUUUCCUUCAAAGCUCGGUCCCUUGUGUGUGUAUAUAUGUUGUUAGGGCGUGUCUAAACCAUAUCAUAAAUUAUAACCAAAAUACUGUAUAUUUAUGGGAAAACAAGUGAUAUAUAAUGAUAUGCACCGAGAUACAGUUUGCAAAGCACACUCUCAUUGGUCAAUAAACUGUUGAUCAAUAUAAAUGUUUAGAUUUUUUUCUUCAUAGUUCAUACUAUAAGUUUUUGAUAUUACAUCUACAUAAGGGUACAUAAUUUGUGAAAUAAAUGUCCAUGAAAGUACUAUGUAUAUUUCUCAAUGAAUUUAGAUUGAUGUUACAGUUACUUCUCAUUUACCCAGGUCCUGUUAACACUAUUUCGAGAGCACUGCAUGGAUCCCAUUUGUAAUUGUCUGUAUAAUAUUAAACACGUGUUGUCUGUCCACUAAUAACAUUUGAAAAAGCUACAAGUUAAGAAAGAA